GGUGCCGUGUCGGCGAAGGCGGACGACGCGAAGUUGGAGGAGGCCGGCAAGGGCAACGCGGAGGUGGACGCCCCGUCGAUGCCGUGGAGCGUAACGCGCAGGCCCAUGUCGGGCUCCGUGAGCGACAGCAACCUGUCCUCGCGGGACACGUCGCCGGGGCGGGAGCAGGCGGACGCGUCGCCGCUGCAGGUGCUCCCCAACGACGCCUCCUCCCGCCGCGCCUCCCCGCGGCGGCCCGGCGGCGGCUCCGCGCCGAGCGCCAG